AUGCCAGAGAUAUGCCCCAACGGUGUGACAAUAAGAGGUCACAGGGGCAAGAGCUCCUGCAGGCUGAUCCUCCAUGGUGGGAGCAGUGUUGAUAAGGGCACACACUACAUGGAUAUUGUGUCAGAGAUUAAGGAGGGAUUAGUCUUGAGCAAAGGAACACGCUACAGUGCUGCUACAUGUCGCACAGCACACAUACCUGCACAGCAGACUCCUGCACCUCUACCACUCAAGCCAGUCCGGGCUGUACACUUCUCCAAUGAUAUUAUCUUCCAGGACCUUGUCCGACAUGGUGAGAUGGAGCAGAUUGGACGCUUUAUGAGAGCGAAGAAAGUACGUCUGCAUACCCUCUUCCCAUCUGGUAUGGCAGCACUCCAUGAGGCCGUACUCACAGGGAACCUGGAUUGCGUGAAGCUGCUGGUGAGAUAUGGAGCUGAUGUCCACCAGAGAGAUGAGGACGGCUGGACGCCGCUGCACAUGGCCUGCAGUGAUGGCUUCCCCGAAAUCGCCAGCUACCUGCUCUCUCUUGGUGCCAGUGCAUUUGCAGAGAACGAGAAUGGGGAGAAGCCAGCGGACCUCAUUGACCCAGACUGUAAGGAGCUGGUCAAUCUAUUUGAGGCAGGCUGUGUGUAA